AUGUCUUCAAUACCUGUAGAAAUAUUUCGACAUGUAUUUGGACAUUUUUCUGAUGAUAAACGUUCAUUAUAUUCAUGCCUUUUAGUUAAUAAAAUAUGGUGUGGUAUAGCAGUAUCAAUUUUAUGGAGCAAUCCCUUUAAAUAUAUAAAUGGAACUAAUGGAACUUCAGCAUCUUUAAUUACGACAUACCUUUCUUGUUUAGAUUUAAAUGAACGUGAAAUAUUAAUCAAGUCAGAAAUAGAUUUAAAAUUAUUAUUUGAAAAAAAACCAACUUUUGAGUACGCAGAGUUUUUAAGAAGACUUAAAUAUGAAGAUUUUUACGAUUCAUCUUUAGUAUGGUUACAAAGUGUUAUGGAAGAAAAGAUUGAAAAGAAUGAUUCAAAAAUAUUUAUAAUAACAAAAGAAUUAUGUAAAUUAUUUAUGAAUAAAUGUUCAAAAAUACUUUAUUUAAACAUUAAUUUAGAAUCGCUUCGUUCUCCGGAUAAUUGUGCGGAUUAUGCGGCUAUACCAUGUUUUCCUAAUUCAGAAACUAGUUUAUCACAAUUAGGAGAAUUUAUUUGUUGUGGAGACUAUGAUAAGAAAAGAAUAUUUAUGGCAUUAUC